AUGCGCCCGCGCCAGGACAGCACCGCCGACGAGCUCCAGCUGGAAGCGCUGGGGCACAAAGGGGAGCUUCAACGGAACUUCUCGCCCCUCUCGAUGCUAGGCCUAGCAUUUGCGAUUCUCAAUUCCUGGACUGCGCUCUCCGCUUCGCUGUCUCUUGCGCUCCCGAGCGGUGGUUCUACGAGCGUCAUAUGGGGCCUGGUCACGGCUGGCGUGUGCAAUCUUUGCUUAGCGGCGUCUCUGGCCGAGUUUCUGUCGGCGUAUCCUACGGCAGGUGGACAAUACCACUGGGUCGCUGUCAUCUCGUGGAAGCGAUGGGUCCCCCUUCUCUCAUGGAUAACCGGCUGGAUCAAUGUUUCCGGAUGGAUUGCCCUGGUUGCCUCUGGAGGACUGCUCGGCUCGCAGCUGAUCGUCGGCGUCAUUGCGCUAUACGUUCCUGACUAUAGCCCCGAGCGCUGGCAUCAGUUCUUGAUCUACAUCACCUACACCGUUAUCGCCUUUUUGGUCAAUGCCUUCAUGAACGAUCUGCUUCCAUACGUCAACAAAGCAGCAAUCACGUGGUCGAUUACUGGGUUUCUUGUGAUAACUAUCACGGUUCUGGCGUGCGCCUCGCCAAACUAUGCUUCGGCACAUUUUGUCUUCGCAGACUUCAUCAAUGAGACGGGAUGGCCCGACGGUAUUGCGUGGUUGCUUGGUCUUCUUCAAGGCGGGCUAGGCCUAACCGGGUACGAUGCCGUCGCGCACAUGAUAGAAGAAAUACCCAACGCUUCCGUCGAAGGACCUAAGAUCAUGAUCUAUUGCGUGGCUAUCGGGACCUUCACAGGCUUCAUCUUCCUGAUGAGCCUCCUUUUCGCGUCUGGAGGAGAUGCUGAAUCUAUCAUUUCCUCCCCAGCCGGCCCUGUUUUGCAGAUUCUGUAUAAUGCGACGCAGAAUCGUGCUGGAGCCGUGUGUCUUCUCAUAUUCCCGCUAGCCUGCCUUCUGUUCGCAACGACUUCUAUCAUGACGACGUCUUCCAGGAUGACCUACGCGUUUGCACGAGACGGCGGGCUUCCGGCUUCAAAGUUCUUUGCUAAGGUGCAUGCCAGGCUAGGACUGCCUCUGAACGCGCUUAUCCUUACCACAGUCCUAACGAUUAUCUUCGGAUGCAUCUUCCUCGGCUCUAGUAGCGCCUUCAAUGCUAUCAUCUCUGCCUCGGUGGUUGCGCUGGGUGUGAGCUAUGCCGUUCCGAUAGCUAUCAAUGUCCUGCGCGGAAGGAAGAUGCUGCCUCCAAGGGCGUUCAAGCUACCAAGCGCAUUCGCGUGGUUUGCGAAUCUCUUGGGAAUUGCCUAUGUCAUUGUUACGACGGUGCUGUUCGUUUUCCCUCCGGAAUUACCUGUGACAGGGAACAACAUGAAUUACUGUAUCGUUGCCUUCGCCAUAAUCAUCAUCAUAAGUACAGUCCAAUGGUUCGUAGAUGGAAGGAAGAAUUUCACUGGGCCGCGAACGGAUAUGGGGUUGGAGGUCCUCGAAGCAGUCAAGGGCCAGCAGAACGGGAUGGGCGUCACAGACCCUAAACGAGACGUCGAAGAACCCUCUUCAGGUGCAUAGACGGCAGUAACAUCAUUGUACACCAAGAAGCUUCAUUGUGUCUCAGCAAGGUGCCAUCAGGACCGUCGCCCAUGAAUCGCGUUCGGCUCGAUGCUACUAUUUCACCAUUAUGACCCCGCUACCCAUUUUGGCAACCGCGACCCUC